GCGAUGGGUGAAAUUGGUGAAAAUGAGGAGGAGGUGAAGCUGGUGGGUGCAUGGUUCAGCCCAUAUGUUCACAGGGUGACCUGGGUUUUGAAGUUGAAAGGAAUCCAAUAUGAAUACGUGGAAGAAAAAAUAAACAGCAAGAGCUCUCUCCUUCUGGACUGUAACCCUGUGCACAAGAAAGUACCAGUGCUGCUUCAUCAUGGCAAACCAAUUGCUGAAUCUCUUUUCAUCAUUGAGUACAUUGAUGAGACUUGGAAACAAAAUCCCAUUUUGCCCACUGAUCCUUAUGACAGGGCAAUGGCUAGAUAUUGGGCUCCCUACAUUGACCAAAUGAUACUUGAAGGUUCAAAGAGAGCGUUAUAUGUGGAAGGAGAGCAGCUAAAGAAAGAGAUAAAAAAAGUAUCAGAGGCCAUGGAAGUGCUUGAAGGGAUGCUGAAAGGAAAGAAAUACUUCGGAGGAGAGAGGUUAGGGUUCUUGGACAUCGCCUUCGGCUGGAUAGCUAUAUGGUUGGAGGCCAUUGACCAAGUGGCCGGCGUUCGAUUUCUCGACUCUCACAAAUACCCUUUGAUCCACAAAUGGAAGAACAAAUUCAGAGAGAUCGAUGUCGUCAAGGACAGCUUGUUUCCCAUGGAAAAGUUGGUUUGCUUCUUUAAGAAAUACAGCCAAUAUUCAAAGCUGAAAUUAUCGGAAGCAACAAAAUGAGAGAUUAUUGCUGAUAAUUAAGCGUUAAAUGGUGGAGAUCUCUCGAUCUCUCUCCUACUGUAUGUAUCCCUGUACUGUAAACUUUGAG